AGCGGACCGUCCCACCUUAGGACGCGAAGGUGCGUUUGCGCGUUGCGAUAAAGUACGGCGACAGCUGACUUUGCCUGCGCUGCCGCCUUCGGGGCAGGCGGAGGUGCGGUGCUUUGACUUUUUGCGCUGCUGUGCGGCGGCGCGUGUGCGGGAGGCGCCGGGGGUGCUGCGCCUGCAACACUGCCGCGACACGCAGGUCUGUAUUGGCGGUCUGGAGGCCUGUCUGUUCGGUGGCGAGCGGAAGCGCUGCAACAUCAGCGUGGAGCUGAUCGUGGCACCGAAGAUUCUGCUGGUGGAUGAGCCGACGUCCUGUCUGGGCUCCGUGCUGUCUGCAAAGGUCGUGCGCCCGCUGCCGCAGCUGUGGCGGAUGGGCCGCGUUUUACUGCGCGACCGCAGACGGUUCCCGUGGUGGGUUCGGGGUGGUGCUUCGCGACGCGCCGGUGCCGCCCCACCCCUUCGCUUCGCAGCGUGUCGUUUGUUUGCGUGCGUUCCGAGGCUCCGCUCGGCCCUCGCCCUGGCGUUUGCGUGGCGAGGGAGAAGCAGACGAAAUGGCGUUGGUUCUGCAUCGACUCGUCCGCCUGUGUGCCCGGCAUGAGCCGCUGCUCUCCUGAUUUCCUUUCUUUCGCCCACACACGCACUCUCGCGCGUCAGGUGUUCGUCUCGCACCGCCUCCCCGCUUUACGGCGCGUGCGCGUGCUCAUUGCCGCGAUCUUCACUGUGCCGACCACACGCGCCAGCGUCGGCGGCUAUCGAAGCGGCGCGUGCGUCGUGGGUGUGUUGGCGGCGCCGGGGCCGCGACCGGCGUGUACGGCGGGUGGCGGAGAGGGGGGCCGCCCCGGCGUCGCUGAACGCGCGCAGAUGAGCAGACGCGGCGCCCCAUGCCGCACCGGUGGCCGUGCAGUCCCUUCUCGCUGGCGUACCCGGACGCCCUCUCGCGCGAGGCCGCCGCAGCGCGUCGUGGCGUGGUGGCCGCGACGGAGGGGAGUGCGAAUGCGUUUGGUGUCUUGGCCUGCGCCUGUAGCGCACCGAGUACGAUGCGAUCACCAUGACCCCCUUGUGCCUUCACUGCGAGCAUGGCGGUGGCGCACGUCCACGCGGUGA